AUGAAAAUCCGCAAUACCAACAUAUGUCAGAACUGCCGGGUUCGAAAACUCGCCAACGUGCCCAGGAUAUCAGAGCAGCUUGAUCUUUCGACCUCCGGUAGUACCGAGACACCACCAGCCUGCACCCAUGCAGCCCAGACGCUCGCGCGUGGUUGGCGGGAGGCAACAACCCAGGCAACAAACCUAUCCGACAACCUCGACAGAGGAAGCUGGACCCAGUCAGGCUGUUCACCAAGUCUCCAAGACCACAGUCCAUAUGUGCCUGAACUGGCCGCUGAUGGAUAUCAUAUCCUUGGUGACCUCAGUUCCAGUAACGCUGGUGGGUCGGUGCCACGGAUCUGUGGUGCUUGGGUCGAAGCUCUCCCUGAACUUGUCUUACAUACCAAGGCGGAGCAGAUACUCUCACCAUCCAUCAAAACCCUGGCGCUAGCGAUUUUAUCCCGAGGUCGCGAGAGCAGGAUGUCCACGUCAGAUGCAGUAGCCGCUCACGCACAUGCCGUUUCAUCGCUUCGAUCAGGGUUUCUUCAGGAAAAUGUGUCUGAUAGCUCGAACCUACUUGCAGCCACAGUCAUGUGCCUGUUUCUUUCAGAAAUGAUUCUGCCCACCUCAAAAGCAGCCGCAAUUGUACACGCGAAAGGCAUCGGAGAUGUUUUAAAGCUGCAGAGCCCCGGCUUCUAUACCCAUGGGAUAGGUCAUAAGCUCUUCGUUGGAAUCAGACCGGUUCUUGUACUACACUCAUUCUUUUCUCACGAGCUCUCCUUUCUGGCGGAGGAUGUCUGGAAGCACGAGCCUUUUAGUGGUCAAGGUGCCGCUCCUCUACAGGAACUGUUUAGCAUUGUUGUUGCCCUUCCUUCUGCUCUAAGCACUAUCGACAAGCUCAAAGUCACCCUGACCGAGCAGUCUUACGUCACUGCCUGCAAUGCCCUUGACCAGCUGACCGAUACGCUCAACGGACUGUUAAAUCUUAGGCAAACGAUACAAGACGAGAGUCAACGCGAAUACUGGGCACCCGCACUACCUCCCAACAUUCAGAGCGGCAUCAGCUUUCAGAGCAUUACCGCUGCAAACUUUUUCACCCACCUGUGGGCGUUCCACAUCAUUUGCGCGGGAUACAUCAAAACGCUGCUUACGCUCUUUCCAGCGUGCUUGGACCGGGUACAUCAGAAUCUCAAACGUCAAAUCUCAAGAGACCUCGUGACCGAUCUGGCCUGCCGUAUUCUACGCAGCAUCGAGUUUCUCGCCGAUGAAAAGUUUAAGGUGUUUGGUUCUGCUUCGGCUGUUUUGCCCCUCUUUGCCGGACUGACAGUAGUCAGAGGCGAAGGGAAACAGAGCAAGGAGCUGCAGUAUUGGUAUCGCCAUGCACUGCAGAUAUACUCCAAGAAAGGCUAUCAUUUCAAAGUCAUGGCGCAACAGUUGAAGAACGUCGUUCUUGCCGGUUCAACCGGCAACGCUGGAUCCAAGAUCUUGCAAUCUUUGGUCGACUCUGGACAGUUCAACGUCACUGUGUUGGUGCGCAAGCCGGAAGUCGCCCAUGCCCCUGGAGUAACCGUCAAAACCAUUGACUUUGGGUCGAUGGCCGCCCUAGUCGAAGUGUUGAAGGGCCAAGACGCCGUCAUCGAUGCCACGAUGAGCCCGGAUGCAACGAUGCCCCUGCGCAUGAUCGAUGCCGCUGUCAGUGCUGGCGUGAAAAGAUUCAUUCCUUCUGAGUUUUCUUUGGACCCGAACAAUCCGUUAACGCGGUCUGUCCCCGUUUUUGGUCCUAAAAACCAGGUGUUGUCUCGGCUCAAGGAUCUCGCGUCGACGGGACGAUUGACCUACACCACGAUUUCCAAUGGGGCUUUUCUUGACUGGAACCUGCGUACGGGCUUCAUCAAGAUAAACAUCAAGAACAAGAAGGUGGAACUUAUGGAUGGGGGUGACGUGGUUAUUCCCUGGACGCUGUUGGACCACGUUGGAAGAGCGACGGCAAAUGUUCUUCUCCAUGCGGAACAGACGAAGAACCGUUCGGUGUAUAUCUCCACUGUCGAAAAGAGCCAGAAAGAAAUGUUCAAGCUGGCACAGGAGGCGCUUGGGAGCGAUGGCUGGACUGUUUCAUCGCUGGAUAUGGGAAUGGUUUACCAGGAAUCUCUUAGGGAGAUGAAGGCUGGCAAUCUCACAUUUGAGGUCUUUGGGAACAUGAUUCUCUAUUGCAAUUCUAGGCUGGAUUAUUCUGGAAAGUGGGAGAAAGAUGACAACGCUCUGCUUGGAAUUCAGCCCUGGAGCGACGAGGAAGUUCGACAGCUUAUUCGACAGUACCACAGCAGCAGCGCCGCCGUCAACGAGCCCAUGGCCGGCGACAUGCGCUUCCUCAUUGCGCUGUACGACGCCAUCAGCAGGCCGUACCCUCGAUCGCCCUUUUCCUUCCCCCGCGUCGUCGCGACGCCGUACCCGUACCAGUCCAGGCUCGAAGUUGACGACGACGACGACGAUGCGACGCGCCUAAAGGUGCUCAAGAUCCCCGAAGCGUGGUUCGAAGGAAAAGUCGUCGUCGAUACCGCUGCCGCCGUCAAUCAAGCUCAGCGCCGCGGCGGAAUCCUUGUACAGCUAGAGCGAGUACAUUCCGGCGAGCAUUUGGCCAUAGUCGGAGCUCGGCGGGCCGAGCUGCGCGCACUCCCAGUCGACGACGAAGAAGGGUACAUUGGUGUUCAAUCGAUAGGAACGUUAGAAAGGAUGAUCCUACUAAGAGCCUAA